AUGUCGCAGGGCAGUGGAAGCGCAGGAGGUGCUGGUGCUGGUGGUGAUGGCGGCGGGCUCGACUUUCAGCUACCGGAGGAGAUCUUAUCGGUGAUACCUACCGAUCCAUACGAUCAGCUGGAUCUGGCGCGAAAGAUCACGUCCAUGGCCAUAGCCUCCAGGGUUUCCAAGCUCGAGUCGGAGAUGGGGAAAAUGAGGCAGAAACUCCAGGACAAAGAUAGGCUUGUAUUUGAGCUUGAGGAAAGGCUCUCGCGCCUCCAACAUGCAAACCACGAGGCUGACUCCCGAUUGAGAAUUGCCCUGGAUGAGAAUGUGAAGCUUUCCAAAGAACGAGAUUCACUGGCAGUGACUGCGAAAAAGCUCAACCGUGACUUGGCAAAGUUGGAGACAUUUAAGAGACAACUAAUGCAGUCUCUAAAUGAUGAUAAUGCAUCUCCAACUGAAACUGUUGAUAUUGGCACCUGUGACCAAUCAGUUCCAAAGGCAUAUCCUGAUAAGGAUGAGGAGACAAAUGGCUACACACUACAAUAUUCCUCAAGUGGUUCCACAGAUAAGGGGAGUACAACUGAUGAAGCCUUGAAGACUUCUGGGCAAAGAUUUUCUGUGACUCCAUAUAUCACACCGCGGCUUACUCCAACUGGAACUCCAAAGAUUAUUUCCACAAGUGGGUCACCUAGAGGGUAUUCUGCUAUUUCAUCUCCUCUGCAAUCCUCUGGUGCCACAUCUCCCACAAAACCCCACUAUGAAGGACGGACGUCACUGUCUUCAUGGUACUCAUCAAGCCAGCAGUCAUCAGCAGCAAACUCUCCACCUCGUGGACGUCCACUUCCAGGGCGCACUCCUCGAAUUGAUGGAAAGGAGUUCUUUCGUCAAGCCAGGAGUCGCCUGUCAUAUGAGCAGUUCAGUGCAUUUCUGGCUAACAUCAAGGAACUAAAUGCUCAUAAGCAAACCCGAGAGGAAACUCUAAGGAAAGCAGAAGAGAUAUUUGGGACUGAUAACAAAGAUCUUUAUUUAUCAUUCCAAGGAUUGCUUAACCGCAACAUACACUAG